CGGGGUUAUUAAGUCAAAUUUAUGGCGCGGGUCUGACAUUUUCGUAUGGCUAGUGGUUCACGAGAGUUGCUUAGACUGUUUGCGGCAACAGUAAAUCCACCACCCUUCAUAUAAUAUAUUUUCAGAUACAAGACGCGAGUACUUUAGCUGGUGAGAUGCGAUUUAUUGAUCUCAACUCUGCUUUCAAAAUGACUUGUGAGCUUCAGCAGCGUGUCGUCGACCUUAUUUACUCACAUAAAAAGCACUUAAGAACUCUAGAGGCCAUUGUCCGAAUCAAACAAGAAGGUAAAAUUUCUUUUAAGGACUGCUUAGCUCAUUGCUUCUAGACACGAGUUCAAAUCUAAAUGGAGAGUUUCAAUGUCAGCAACAAACUCGUGACGAGAGUGAGACUGAUGAACAAGUAGAUCAUGAAAGUACUGUACCAGUCAACAAUGAUGAAUUGCCAAGCAAUAACAGUCAAGAGGAUCAACCGAUGUGUAAUAUGGAGAACACAAACAAAGAAGCUAUAAAUAAAGUAUCUGCUAACAAUCAGACAAAUAUUAUUUCUGAUGCCCUCACAACAAACUCCAUUAAAGAUGCAUGCGGAGCAACAAAUGAUAAACAUAGACUAGUCUCUAUAGAUUCACUAUAUCACGAUAUGUUGCCUGGUGCUUUUGAUAAUAGUUCAACUAAUGAAAAUGUGCAGUGUCAUGCUUGUCAGUUAAGAAAUCAAGUACAAAAUGGAAUGACCAUUAACAUGGUUUGUGCAGCAUGUCCUGGUUUUCCUCGUAUUUGUUCAGCACAAUGCUUCCGUUGGUGGCAUAGCGUUCACUUAUUGACACCAGUUAAUAAGGAGUCCAAGUCUAUAGAAGAAGAUAAAACUUCUACAAUAGAAAACUUAUCAAGAAGUUUAAGUCCCUCUGAAUUCCAACAAUCAAGAAGAACUAAAGAAUACAAAGCUCAUACAAGAUCACUUCCUUUACUUUCCGCAUCAGGUGAUCUUAAACCGGAUGGACGAAAAAGAAAACGUAAAUCUCAUAGGUUUACACAUGUGAAACGACAUCCUCCUCAAGGUACUUCAUUUUGGGUUAAACAAUCUACUAAUAUUAAUCCUAUCACUGUACAACCUAAGGCUGGUCGCCCACGAAAAACACAAGUUUACAUGAAUAUUAAAGAUCCAGAAUGGACACCUUACAGAAAAUAUUGAUCAUUACUAAACUAGAUACAAAUUAAAGAAAUGAAAAUAUACACAAUAUUUUUCUUCAAUAUAUUUAUAUACAAAUAUGAUUACACUUUAUUUUUCAGCUUUUGACAAAUCUCAUUAUUAUUAUUAUUAUAAAAUAUAUAGAUCAGUGUCAUUUGAAAUGAGUUAUACUUGAAAGAAAUUCUCAUUAACAAUGUAACGAAUACAUUGCAUAAGUUGAUUACGUUCUUUUCGAAUAUCUUCAGCUAAUAACUAAAUCAGUGUAAUUGUGAAAAAAAAAUAUCAAUUAAAAUAAUAAUAAUUAUUAUUAUCAUUUAA